CCCCACCAUUUGUCUUUUCCAUUCUCUUUACAUUCCGUUAUUUCUCACUCCAUAUGAUUGCACUUUUACUCCUUAGUUUAUUUACGGCAAUUUACAGCAGCUGUUUAUAUUAGUCUAUCAUAGAUGCGUUCGUCGGAUUUUAUAAUGAAAAAAAGAAUUGAGCAAAGAGUGUGUUUGAAAUUUUGUGUUGCUAAUGAAAUUUCUUGUGCCGACGCAUUAAAAAUGUUACAAAAAGCCUACGGGGACUCUUCUCUUUCGAAAUCACAAGUGUAUGAGUGGUAUAAAUUGUUUAAAGAUGGUCGUGAAAUCGUAGAAGACUUGCCGCGUGCUGGGUGUCCAUUGACAUCAAAUACGGACGUCGAUAAAGUGAAGAAAAUUGUGCUUGCAAAUCGUCAUAAAACGAUAAAAAUGGUUAGGAAAUAUAAAAGAAAGUCGUCUAAGGGUACAUAUAAGGAAACUGAUAUGAAAAAAGCAAUUGAGUUGGUUGCUAAAGGAGGUAGCAUUAGAAAAGUAGCUGAUCGAUGUGGUGUUAAAAGAGAAACUCUGAGACGCAAGAUUAAAAUUAUAAAGUCUGGUAUGGAAUUCGAACUUACAUCAAACUACAGCCAUCAAAAAGUUUUUACUGAUGUUCAAGAAAAUUCAAUUGCUGAUUAUUUAAAAAUGUACUGCAAAAUGUUCUAUGGAUUGACAACAAAAGACUGUCGUAAACUAGCAUACGAAACUGCUGUUGCUAAUGAAAUUAAGUGUCCUGCGUCGUGGGUUGAGAAAAAAAUAGCAGGUGAAGACUGGUUGUUAGGAUUUUUUAAAAGACACCCAAAUUUAUCACUUCGAUCUCCAGAAGGAUGUAGUUUGGCUCGAGCUACGGCAUUUAAUCGUCAUAAUGUAGAGGCCUUUUUCGAUAACUAUCAAACAUUAUUAAAAAAAGAGCCGCGACUUGGAGAUCCGUCAAGAAUUUAUAAUUUAGAUGAAACUAAAACUACAACAGUUCAAAAUAGUGGAGAAAUAAUAGCUGAGAAAGAUUCCAAAGCUGUAUGUAAAGUAACAAGUACGGCAAAAGGAGUUCUCGUUACAAUAUGUUGUAUUAUCCGUGCUGAUGGAAAUUAUUUACCACCUAUUCUGAUAUUUCCUCGGGUCAAUUUCCGCGAUCACAUGAUGAUUGGUGCUCCGUAUAACUCUUUGGGUUUGGCAACUCCAUCAGGCUGGAUGAAUACUCAACUUUUUGUUCAAACAAUGCAACAUUUUAUAAAAUUUUCAUAUAGUACAAAGGAUAACCCAUCACUUUUGAUUUAUGAUAACCAUGAGAGUCACAUAAGUUUAGACGUCUUCGAGUUAGCAAAAGCAAAUGGUGUUCACAUUUUGACACUACCUCUGCAUUCAACACAUCGAAUGCAGCCCCUUGAUGUUGGCCUAUACAAUCCAUUCCAAAAGUUUUACAAUACUGCUAUCGAUUCAUGGAUGAUAAGUCAUCCAGGGAAAACUAUAUCAAUUUAUGAAAUAGCUGGAUUUGUCGGCACAGCCCUGCCAUCUGCUAUGACACCAAAUAGUAUCAUUAAUGCAUUUAAAAAUACUGGCAUUUUUCCUUAUAACUCACAUGCAUUCAGGGAUGAUGAUUUUCUCCCGAGUUUAGUUUCAGAACGGCCCAAUGUAAUAGCAUUGGAAAAUUUGGACGAAAACAGUAUCGAUAAUGUUUCUGAAGAAGAUGAACGAAUGGAAUUAUCACCAGUUCAAGCAGUUCAACUUCGUGUUAAAAAUUAUGUGGACAUGGUGAAAGAAUUUUCAGAUGUCGAGUUUAAAAGAGAAUUUCGGAUAUCGCGUGUAGUGUUUACAUACUUAUUAAAUUUAAUACAACCCAACUUAGAAAAGCCAACCGGAUCUGGACGAUGUCCAAUUUAUCCAUACUUACAAUUAUUAGUGACAUUAUGGACUAUGGCAACACCUGAUUCAUAUAGAUCUGUUUGUCAUCGAUUUAAUAUUGGACGAGCAACUGCUUGGCGUGCUCAUAGAAAAGUCUGUGCAGCGAUAUAUUCUUUAGCAGAUAAAUUUAUUAAAUGGCCUAAUAUAGAAGAAGCACAACAAACAUGGACGGAUGUUCAAUACAAACAUAAGUUUCCAAAAGUACUUGGUGCCAUAGAUGAUACACACAUACGUAUACAGAAACCAAAGGAACAUGCAGAAAAUUACAUAAAUCGAAAUGGUCAUUAUUCAAUACAUUUGCAAGCUGUAUGUGAUUCCACCUUAAAAUUCAUCCACUGCUAUGCAGAACAACCGGGAUCCAUGCAUGAUAUGUGCGUAUUCUGGCUAAGUGACAUCCCAUCCAUGUACACAGAAAAAUUUUUUCCACAUAAUAGUCAUCUAAUAGGUGAUGCUGGAUAUGCUCUGCAAAAGCAUGUAAUGGUACCUUAUGAUAACAAUGACAAUGAUUUGUCAGAAGCACAAAUUAAUUUUAAUGAACGUUUAUGUUCGGCCCAUGUAAUGAUUAAAGAAGCCAUCGGUUAUCUGAAAGGACGUUUUCGUAGUCUCGAAGAUAAGUUGUAUAUGAAACGGAUGGAUCUCAUACCCGAAUAUAUUAUUGCAUGUUGUGUGCUGCACAAUAUUUGCAUUUUACAUGGAGAUUUUUUAGAUGACAUUGUAAUUACUGAACAAGACAAUAAUCCUAUGGCGAAAGAUUACAUUGAAACUAAUACUCUAGGUAAAGAAGAAGGCAUUGAAAAAAGAAAUGCGCUAACGAAUAUGUUGUAUGAGAGCGUCAAGUUCAAUAUAUUUGACAAUAUUGCAAUUGAACACAGCUACGCACGGCGAUCAGUGCCUUUUUCACUGUGAUAAGCUAUGAGUGGUUUAUCAAUCGCAAUGUUAAAAAUGUCACAUAGUCAAACAAUUCCUACUUAACUCAAAUCUGUGUAUCUAGUUUUUUGAUAUUCUUAGAGAGACUACAUCUACGCAUACAUUUUAUAAUUUAACAUAAAACGAGACUUUAUAUAGGUUUAUAAUUGUCUA